AUGGAUUUUCAAAAUAAAACGGGGAUGGGACGGGUUAUAUUGGAGGGGAAGGACGAUGACGGUGUUGGGGCUAGGGUGACGGCGCUCGCGCCUCACUCAGCGCCUGGCCCGGCUUCGUGGAAGGUGGAGGAGGACGACGAGACUGCGUCAGUCUCGUCCUUCUCCUCCACGAGGAGCCACAUAGGCUCCAAGAGGAAGCGGACGGGGCAGGCCGUCGACGGAGUGGACCGGGCGAUGAACCCGGUCGUGAUGGCCAAUCUCAACCACUGCCGCGCGGCACAGGACAUGAUGUCCCAAGUCCUCGCGGAGUGGGGGGUUGGCCUGGCGGUCGCCGCCGAGCCGUACCGCGUGCCUGAUCACCCACAUUGGGUGGGCGACGCGGACGGUUUGGUGGCGACGGUAUGGGGAGGUGGCGACGGGUCCCCGCCGUUCUCCAUUCUGGAGCGCGGUCGGGGUUUCGUCGCCGUGGACUGGGGGGGAGUCGCCGUAGUGGGGUGCUACAUCUCGCCCCGCAGCGGUCACGCCGCGUUCGAGCUGUACUUGGCCGAGGUCGCGGCAUGCGUGCAGCGCUGCGCGGCCCGGCCGGUGCUGGUCCUGGGGGACUUUAACGCCAAGUCGGUGGCUUGGGGAUCCCCUAGGACCACCGUUCGCGGCGGGAUCCUGGGCGACUGGGCGGCGGGGCUCGACCUUCGGUUACUGAACCGGGGGUCGGAGCACACGUGCGUGCUGCGAUAUGGGGGGUCUAUCGUGGAUGUUGGAUUCGCGACCCCCAACGCCGUGCGCAUGGUGUCGGGUUGGCAGGUGGCCCCGGAGGCAGAGACACUCUCCGAUCACCGGUAUAUCCGGAUGGAGGUCUCUGCCGCCGGGGCUGCAUCCCGGCACCGACCCCCGGAUGGCACCCCACCGCGCCGUUGGGCGCUUCGGCGCCUGGACAAGGACGCCCUGAUGGCAGCUGCCCUCGCUGCAACUUGGCCGCAGGUGGCGGCUGAGUUGCCAAGCAUGGAGGAGGAGGCUGCCCGGCUCGGG